AUGGGAGGUGAUAUGCCAUGGCCGCAGGUGCCCGUGGGGAACAAGGAUCAUACUGAGGCAGCCGUGGUCAUUAUUGGAGCUGGCAUUUCUGGCAUGUGCACAGCAAUCGACCUGAUUAAAAGGAAUAACUGCAGGAACUUUAUCAUCCUUGAGAAAAGUGGUGGGCUCGGUGGCACUUGGCGAGACAACAAGUACCCGGGAUGCUGUUGUGAUGUCUGGUCGCAUCUGUACAGCUACUCUUUUGAACAGAACCCAGAUUGGACGAGAGAGUAUCCCGGUCAAGAGGAAAUCCUGCAGUAUCUCAUGGGUGUCGCCCAGAAGUACGAGUUAUACCGCUAUGUUCGCUUCAACACUGCCGUCGAUUCAGCUAAGUGGGACGAUGCAGAGAAAAAGUGGAAGACGACCGUGUCUGUGCAGGGGGCCAAAGAUGCCGAAUUUGGGAGCACAUAUACCAUCACCUCUGAUUUUCUAGUUUCUGCAGUGGGGCAGUUGAACGUGCCGAGAAUGCCAGAUAUCCCAGGCGUUGACGAGUUCCGGGGCAAAAUCAUGCACAGCGCUCGCUGGGACUGGAGCUACAGUUUACGAGGCAAGAAAGUUGCAAUUAUUGGUAACGGUGCCACGGCCGCCCAGAUCAUCCCAGAGAUCGCCAAAGAGGUCGGCCAUCUUACCAUCCAUCAGCGGACACCCAACUGGGUCAUUCCUCGUCUUGACUCGGCCAUUCCACCGUGGAAAAGGAGUGUGUACAAGUAUCUUCCCUUUGUCCGGUGGCGGAAGCGAGCCGACAUGAUGGAUUUCCGGGAAGGAUUCCACGCAGCCGUCUUUGACAACGCAUCGACGACCGCCCAGUUUCUGGAGGCGCAAAGCAAAGACCAUCUGCAUGCUCAACUUCCAAACCGACCCGACUUGUGGGAGAAGCUCCAGCCCAACUAUUCGAUUGGUUGUAAGCGCGUCAUCAUCAGCGACGAUUACUUCCCUGUGUUCCUCCGUGACAAUGUGCGACUAGAGACCGGCAAGAUAGACAAGAUCACUGCCAACGGUAUCGUCACCGAUGGGAAAGAGGAAGAAUACGAUCUCAUCGUGCUGGCCACAGGCUUCCGCACAGUCGAGUUCAUGCAUCCCAUCAACAUCACGGGCAGCGCCGGACGAACACUGAGCGACAUCUGGAAGGAGGGUGGCCAAGCUCUGUACGGUGUGACCGUCGAGAGCCUUCCCAACUUUGGCAUGCUGUACGGGCCAAACACGAACCUGGGACACAACAGCAUCAUCCUCAUGAUCGAGACCCAGAGCAAAUACAUCAAUGCGCUGAUCAAGGAGGUGGUUGAUGCUCGAAAGAAGGGUGGCAGCUUGGUGAUCCAGCCUAAUCCGGCCAAGGUCAAAGAGUACAAUGAUGAAAUUCAGUCCGAACUGGAGAAGAGCAGCUUUGCAGACCCCAACUGCAACAGCUGGUACAAGGUCAAGGAGAGUGGCAAGAUUACAAACAACUGGAGUCGCACAGUCGUCGACUACCAAAAGCUUCUGAGCAAUGUCGACUGGUCGGAUUAUGAUCUCGCUGGAAGUGGUGCAGAUCAAGUGGCCAAGCAAAAGCCCACGCACAUUGGGCGAGUCGUCGAAGAGUCGCAGGUUAGCUAUCAAACGUUGGGAUUGACGGCGCUCAGCCUCGCUGCGGUGGGCGUAGGCGUAGCUCUUCGAAACACAGGCAGGCUUCGGCUCAGAUGA